AUGCUCCGGCCGAAAACGUUCGGCGAGACCAUCGGACCGAUUCUGUUGGCGAACGUUCUGUUCGGCGUCGGUUGCAUCGGGCACGUCAGGAAACGCGGAGCGAAGAGAUCGGUGAAGAUCGUUUAUUUUCUCGUCGCGAUCUCCGCGUUGGCCUGCACGAUCUUCUAUCAGUAUCGUUUGAGCGCCAUGUACAUGCUGCCGCCGAAAGUGGACCUCAAUCUUGUGUUUCUCACCGUGUGGUUUUCGUGCACGUGCAUCGUCGUUCUGCUCUUAAUUGUUGCGACUAAAUUCGGCGACGAGAAUGUGCACGAUCUGAUCGAGACGAUAGAAAACGUCGACGAGCAAAUGGCGACGAUCGGAUUACCGAAGCAAUAUUCGUCGCAGUACAAAUAUCAAAUGAUUAAUUUCGUCUUGUUCCUGGUGUACGUAUUUUUAUACGUCACGAUCACGUGGAUAUCCGACUUCAAGCCGAACAUAUCAAUCCAGGCACAUGUUUUCCUCAGCGUUUCGUUGAAUUUGGUUUCGAUACUGAGCCUGAUGGGCCACCUGAGCUUCUGCGUUUGGAUCAGAUACGUUCGAACGAAGUUGUAUCAGUUGAACUGCUUACUGGCGGAGAUGAUCGACGUGCUUGACGCACCGAAGUCCGAACGAUUGCGUGAGAUGAUCGGCGGAUGUCCGAUUCGGAGGAGAAGUGGCCGGCACGAACUCAGAGGCAACGUGCAGAUAAUUGCGAAAGUGAAGAAAUAUCACCUGGACUGGAUCAAGAUCGCCAGGCGAGUGAACAGAUUUUACGGAAUUCACGUUCUCGCGUCGACGUCCAUCUCGUUUAUGACAAUUCUGUACGUAUUGUUCAUACUGAAUUGCUUGCUGCUGCGCCAAUCAAGCGCGGACGCUUCCCUUUUGGAAAUUUGCUCGGGCUUAACGGUGCUGUCGUUGGACUGCGUAAGAGUGAUUCAUCUGCACAGCAAGUGCAGGAAGACGAGCGACGAGGCGAGAAAAACGGGAUAUCUUCUUUGCCUGUUGUACGAUUCGUCAACCGGCGAGAAAUUCCGCGCCGAGGUUCAAAAUUUCACCCAGCAAGUACUGGAAAACCCGUUGGUGUUCACCAUUUGCGGGCUCGUCGACUUCGACCGUUCGUUUCUCGCCAAUUUGUUCGGUUCGAUCUGCACCUAUGUGUUCGUCAUUUUGCAACUGCGAACGCAAAACAUGAUCGGCCGUCGCUUAUCCGAGGCUACAACCAGUGCGAACGUGACCCUAACCGAUGCUUGA